GGACACAUCAAGAUGAAAAACCUAGCCUUUAAUGCAUCCUCCAUGAUGCGCCAGGUCAACGUCAACAACCCCGUCCGGACCGUUUUCGACACGCAGUUUGACGUCUCGUGGAAGGACGGCGCCGUCUACUCGCGGCGCGUGACUGUUCGACUAGCCAUCACACUCAAGAUCAUAGAGCCAAUGCAACUAAAGACGAGAAGACGAGCGCUCUCGGACGGCAGUUGCAGCUGAGUGUGAGA